AACAGAAAUCUAAUCUAAGUUGUAUGUGCAAACAGGUUGUGCAAAGAGUUGAAUCUGUAAUUGUGGGUUUCAAAUUUAUUAACAUAACAUGAUCUUCUACAGCAUUUUGGGAUUGGAAUUAUACAUUUGUUAUUUAUAGAUUUAGUUAUUUUAGUUCAUUUCAUUUCAACAGCUGCACUGAGGAAAUUAGCAUAGUAAAUUACUAGCAAUUUUAAAUUGUAAAUGUAGGCCAACAUAUUGCAUAAAAAAGCUAAGCAACCAGUUUAACUCCAGCAAAAAAACUUGUUGAAAUUCACUAGGUGAAAGCACCACGGUUCUAUGCCUUCAGUUAACCGUUGUUUGCUGUUAUAGGAUUCCGUCAAUAUUACAUCAUGUUAACUGUUGUAAAAUGAGGUCGUGCAAUCAUCGUGACCGAGAGAAAGUCCACUGAUUCCUGCACAUGCUCUUCGUCUGUCGAGCAAUCAACGUAGACGCAUUUCAGGUUCAAUUUCUAACUACCAAUCAGUUAAGUAGCCGAUAUGUACAUUGCCACUUAUAAUUUUUUAUUAAUUAUGAUAGAUUGAAGUCAUGUGUGUUAUUAACUGUAAUUUCUAUAAUUUCAAUGGUAUCUAAGUCGAUCGCAGAAGAAGAGUAUGUAAAUGGUGAACUAUAAAAAAGAAAUAAGGUAGAAACAGAAGUUCUGCGAAAAGAUGCAACGUGAUAUAACGAAAUGUUUGAUCUUCAUGAUACUUCUUGCCUCUUGGACCAUAGAAGCCAAGCGUUCUGCAAAACUCCUGGUGGCAAGGAACAGAGCGAUGCUGCGUAGAAUAGGAGCUGCACGCGAGGAUUUCAAACCAAAAAUAUGCUAUGACCUCGUUGGUUGUUUCGCUGAUCCACCACCCCGUUUGACGCUAAAACGGCCGCCACAGCAUCCUAGCGAGAUCCAAACCAGAUUCUUCUUGUACACUCGGGAAAAGAGGGAAUCCCCUGAGACUCUCCAGUAUGAUGAAAACUUCAAGUCCAAUCUGCAAUCGCGAUUUAACGCAAAAAAGCCUCUGAAAGUCUCCAUACAUGGCUACAAGGGCAGUGGGAGCGAUGUUGGGUCGCUUCUUCUGGUACGAGCUCUGCUGGAUUUGGAAGAUGUAAACGUACUGGUACUCGACUGGACAAGAGGCGCAGCGACAACGUACUCGGCAGCAGUGGCAAACACCGAACUAGUAGGUCGACAAUUGGGCUUGGUCCUUCUGAAUAUGAUAGACUUGGGCGUUUCUCCUGAGAAGAUUCACGUGAUUGGCUUUAGUCUUGGUGCUCACGUUGCUGGUUGCGCUUCCGAGGUUCUGAAAAAGAGAAACCUUCUUUUAGGCCGCAUAACAGGCCUGGAUCCUGCGUCUCCCUUCUUCAGGAAUCACUUGUUUAGGGAGAAGUCUAGGAAACUGGAUGCCACCGACGCUCAGCUUGUAGAUGUGAUUCACACAGAUGGCUCUGAGGACUUCGCUGACGGUUUUGGACUCUUGAAACCCCUUGGCCAUAUCGAUUUCUUUCCCAAUGGUGGCAGAGAGCAACCUGGUUGCACCGAUGUGAGGAACUCUGUUGUUGUCAGCCAUUUGAACGAGGAUAGCCUAACCAAGGAGAUCGCUUGCAGCCACCUGAGAGCCUGGAAACUUUUCCUGGAGAGUGUUCGUACGGAUAACCAGUCUUGUAAACUCACUGCCUGGCCCUGUCCUCAAGGAAGAGGUUCUUAUUCUAAUGGGAUGUGUUUUCCUAUGGAAUCUACAUUUUGGUUUCAAGAAAUGGGCUACAGGGCUAAUUAUGGCUCUUUAGGGAUUUACUAUUUGCCAACGAGAGGAGAAGAACCAUUCUGCGGUCAGCCUCUCAGGGCAUCGGUGACCAUCUCUGACGAAGUUACAAAAACGUCAGGAAUAUUGUUUUUGAAGAUAAUAGAACACGAUUCAACGACAACGUUUAAGAUCCGAUGCGGAUUAUCGAAUCAAGGGAACAGACGGACAACCUUCUACAACAUAGCGGCAUUAAAAUUCCAAUCAUUGGCUGAUAAUCAAGCGAUGAUAAAAGCACGUGUGUGGUAUCAGACUCUUGAAAAUGAUGCAGAUAAAGUCAUAAGUAAAAAUUCUUACUCGGAUACAUUGUUGAUAAACAAAUUCGCUAUCGAAGACAGAAGAGGCAACAGGUGGGAAUAUUGUACUCUAAACGAUGCUGUGAAUUCCGAGGAAAAGACGGUGAGUUUGCAACGAGGGCAUUGCAAAUUUCCAUAAAGUAAUCGUUGUUUAAUGAAUAGAAAAAUAUCUCAGUAAAUUGUUUAUUCUUCUAU